CAUCCGCUGACCGAUAAGCAUCUCCUUAUCCUGCCAGUGCUCUAGAACGCCCCGAGUGACAUUUGUGCUGUGCCCCCCAGAAGCAGGAAAAGCAACAGUUGUUAGCUCGUGUUACGAAAUGUUCAAGUUCCACGUGGUUUGUGUCGUUCUGCUGGUGGUGGCCUGCCUAGCCUGGACCGAGGCGUUACCCGUCAAGGAACAGGGAGUUGAGGAUUUAAUCGACAGGCUGCAGCAACUGAAACAACUAAACGAUGAGUACCUGUACUUCAACCGCAUUCUGCUGAACGGAGGAACUCCGAUGGAAAUGGCUGUGGCACCUAGCCGUUCGGCCGUUUUCGGCCGAAAUCAACGCUCGCUGGAUUCCAUCGGCGGUGGAAACCUGCUCAAGCGAUCGCUCGAUUCGAUCGGGGGUGGAAAUCUGUUGAAGAAAUCACCCAACGCGGCGGUGGCUGUCAAGAAUAAAGCAUCCGGGGAGAAGGAAAGAAGCCACUUAGCAACAAUGAAGACAAAGCGAUCCCUCAACAACUCGGACCGGCGUACGCUGCUGUACCAGUACUACGCACGUGGAUUGGCCCCAAUGUACGACAAACGCAACUUUGACGAAAUCGACCGCUUCUCCAAGUUCAACGCCAAACGAAACAUCGAGUUGGCCGAUAUGAGCGAUCGGCUCCACGCUCCCAGCAAGCGCCAGUUUGACGAAAUUGAUCGAUACGCUAACUUCAACAACCGCCUGGGACGCAGCAUGGCCGACUAUGUGAAGCGCAAUUUCGAUGAAAUCGAUCGGUACGGCAAAUUCAACAAGCGCCCCUUCCGAGAGGUAGAGAAUCUGGACUCCAACGGUUUCAAUCAAGACACCAGCCAGCUGGCGGACGAAAUGGGUGUUAUCAACGAGUAUGCUCAAUAAGUAGACUUUAGUAAGCAAAACAAAAACAGAGGCAAACUUUUUUGAAAGUAGCAAAACCAACUAGCCUAUCUGGAGAAAUCGUUUAAAGUUUGGUGGAUGGAAUUCUCGUUAGAUGAUUCGAUAGGAAUGGUGAUUAGAAAGUUAGUUAGAAAGAAGCUCAGAUAGGACCGACGAAAAUUGUUACUCAACUGAUGUAUACUUUAUAUGAGGCUAAGCCUACCGAUGAUGUUAAAAAGUCUUUUGCAUGGUUAAUGAGUGAUUAAAACAGAAAAUCAAAAUUCAAACAUUUGCACAUAACAAAUAAAGUUCAAUUAAGGAAUUUA